AUGAAAUCACAGUGUUACUUACAUGGAUAUCCUCCUGAUUGUCAAUACUAAUUGCAGGAUCUCUAUAAUCUCAUACGAGAUGAUGAAGACUCGAUUACUCUUGAACGUAUUUUCAAAAUGCUUCGAGUAUGACAAUUUACAUAAUAUAAAAAAGACUUGGUAAUACGAAGUACCCUUCUCGAAUUUAUGUUUGCUUCUUCGAAAAGCCAAUUAAGCAUGUCAUUAGAAUGCAAAGAACUAUCUGAAUGAAGUUGCCUUUCAUUAGCUUUUGCAUAAUCCUGACAUACAAAAGUUGUUCAAGCCUAAGAAGGAUGAAAUCUAUUUUACUCCUCCAACAAUUGAAGGGUUAUUUAAACGCAUGGGUGAGCAAAUUGAACGGAAGAGACUUCAUGAAAAACUGAAACGGGAAGGCAUUUCAAAUAAAGAGAAAUUCAAUUUCAUGUUGUAGUUGUUGUAAGUGGGUUCUCCACGGAAAGACAAGGAAUGUUCAAUUACAAUGGAGAAGACAAGGAGUGUGCGUAAAGUUAUCGAUGAUGAUUAUAAUUUCAUUAAGGAGCAGAAGAAAAGCAAGAGGAAGGCUGAAAGCAUGUAAGAUCCAUAGAAUCCGCCAAAGUUUACCAAACUCCCUAAUACAUUUUUUCAUGCUCCAACAAGUCGUAUAAGAUAACUGCAUUAUCGCAUGAUGUAGCAAAUGGAGGAUGUGCAACAGGAUCAUAAUGUCUAGAAGUUGAGCAAUAUUAUUCAUAAAUCAUAGGUUAACCUUUCAAUAAGGUUACCUUAAAUUUAAAAUAUAUGAAACAACAACGAUAUUAAAUGGAUUUCAAUCUCUCGAAAAGUUAUUUGCUAUAAAAAUUACAGCCGAAUCGAGAACAGUCGGCCAAGAAACUGAGCAACAUAGAAGUGAAUGCAGCAGUUCAGAAAUACUUCUAGAUGCUCAAGAAGAAGGAAGGAAAGAGUCCGAGUCCAAUAAUUUCUCCGACUCAAUCCUCCAAGAUUCUCAGUCAACUGGUGACUAAGGUCACACCUUCUUUGGACAUCAAUGUUCCGACUAAGCCUCCCACGCCUUCAGGAACCCAAUCUUAUAGGCCCUCAUCUGAGAAGAAACCUCAUCAUCGUCCUCAGUAAUCUGUGGGACAAAGCAAGGAUUUGAUUUUACAAAAGCUCCAAACUGCAUUAUUUUAGAAGCCAAAGACUCAAUCUCAACAAGUGACCCCCAAAAGUAAUGGGUAGGGAAGUGUGAGUGUGAACAAAUAUUUUGAGAGUACAAAAAAAUAAUAAGAGGAAUCUCAGGAAUACUACCUAUCAAGAGUGAAGAAUGCAUUUUCUAAGCCUUCUAAGGAUGAUUACUUCACUCGAAUGUACAGGGAACACUUUUUUCAAACUUAUCAAGGAAUAUAUGUUGCUACCUACUUACAACCAGUUGAUCCGAACGAUCUGUAAAACAAGCAAGUUAAGUUAAAAUAGAAGGAAUGCUACAAAAGUAAUCUUAAACAUUAGUAUAUUACUAGAUAAAAUUACAAUUGUCUUUGAUCUGGAUGAGACUUUAGUUCAUUGCAAUGAAAGUUUAGCAAUCCCAAGCGAUUUAAUACUAUCCAUUCAGGUGUCUCCCCAAGAAACAAUUAAGGCGGGCAUAAACAUUAGACCUGGAGCAGUAAAGCUCCUAGAAUUACUUGUGAAUGACUUCGAAUUGAUACUCUUCACGGCUUCACAUCCUUGUUAUGCCUAAAAAGUUAUCGAGCAUCUAGAUCCUUAGAAGACUCUCUUUUCUCAUAGUCUUUAUAGAGAAAACUGCAUCAUGACCACAGGAGGCAUGUAUACAAAGGAUCUCAGAAUUUUUGAUAGGCCAUUAAGUCAACUUGUCCUAGUAGACAAUGCAUCUUACUCCUAUGCUUGGCAAAUAGACAAUGGGAUACCUAUAGUUCCAUUUUACGAUAACAAGGAGGAUAGGGAAUUGGAAUCAUUGUUAAAAUACUUAAAAGGGAUGUAAGGAUGUAAAGAUGUCAGGGAAUACAAUAAGUAAGAAAUCAAUUAAUAUUGUAGAAAACAUUUAAGAUUGCAAUACUUCCAAGAUCCUUCAGGCGCAGGAGCAGUGUUUGAGAAACUAUUUCAAUAGAAGAUGGAAAUUUGA